AUGGCAGACCAGAAAAAAAUAGAACCAAAAACCGAAAAGGAACUGGAGACGAUGUUUUCAGCGAUAAUGGCUAUAGAGGUUAAGGAGUCCAAGAUCGAGGUUGAGGAUAGCGAUGCUGGGGAUAGCGACGUCGAGGAUAGCGAUGAACCUACCAACACAGACGCCGAGUACGCAUACUUAAUCGUCAUGCCUAAUCCAUUUGAAAAAAAUCGGGGUAUUACACGAGACACAAGCGAGCACGACACCGUCUGGAACCGACUAUAUUGGGCCAAAAUAGGCGAUGGUUCCAACAUUUUGGAUCGUGUCAAACAAUACGACAACCCUAGCCAGUAUAUAUCUAUCAUCAAACUGAAUUGUGCCAAUCGACGCAAACGCAAGAAACCUGGAAAGAUCCUUGAGAAAGCGUGCCUCGGUGCCCAUAGAUGUGGCGGGAUUGGGAAGGGAACUUCGGAAUGGCGUGGAUUAUAUUCGAAGGAGGACCAGACCACUGAUGGCACAACAAGGCAGGGUUUACAGAAUCUACUACGCGGAUUUUUCCCACUCAGCGAUAUGCUCGAUCGGAAGCCUAAUGACGAGUCGGGCAAAAAAUGGAGGGCCCGAUUGAAGGUUUACCUGGAAAACAAUGAGAAAGCUCAGGAGUGGACUGACGUUCUAAAAUUCAUCCAAGACACCGUGAAUCCAGGAAAAGGCUACGCCAAGUACACGCAAGGAAUCAAGUCAAAUAUCCUUAGGACUUACUGGGUAAAGAUUGGCUACUCUUAUACACAACAGAGCUCAGUCUUUGGGUUUGUCAUGAGUCAAUACCAGUCGAAAGUGCCUGAUCUCUCUUUCAACGGAUAUCUCCUGGACGAGGAGUUAGAUGCAAAUAAGGAGCAGGAGAAGAUCAAGAAGAUCUGGGAUGACUUGGAAAAGGUGUUGCUUUCAAAGUAUGGGCUAGAUGCACCUACGAGAAAAACGAAUACCGACUGGUAUUUAAUCACAAUAAAAGGAAGCGGACAAACCAGGUCUCCCGCAAUCGAUUUCUUGGACAGCUAUAUCACUACAUUCCAUGAAACCAAAGGCAUUCCGUGCGAGGUAGAAGUUCAUGCACCUUCUGAUAACACGCCUCAAAAAGAAAAGAAACUAAAACUAUCAGCAUUGAAGCAGAAGGUCAAAUGGAAGGAGGAUCAGAUGAAGUUGAAUAUCGAAAGAAAUGUAAGAAAGGAUUUGUCAGCUCAGGAAGACAACGAUCCGGUUGAAGGCUACUGUGGAGAUGUGGGAGAUGCAACAGAGGAUGUUAUAGAGGGAUGGAUUGAGAAAAAAAUGGAACUGCUUCGGGAAUAA